CCCACCAAAACGCCAUUGAAAUGUUUCUAACGCCAGUCAACUAAUUGGGCCUGUUUUUACCUUAACAACAAUAAAGCCACUUUUGAUCGUUGAAAACUUCAAGCCGAAAAUGCUAUUUGCCCACCUUUAAAUGGCUGGAAACUAUGGAAAAUAUGUGGAUCGCUCCCCUGUUAUUUGUGCGGCUGGAAAAGUAUCCGGAGACCCCAAAGAUAACGUUGAAUCCGCCUUGAAACAAUAUGGAUUAGUUGAUGAAAUCAACGCGUUGAAACAUGACGCCAACAUCUGGAAAUCCGACCAGUUUAUACCACCGAGAAAACUGCCUCCAAUUCAAGGCGCCCAGUUUUUAGGAACAAACACCCAGGUCAGCAAACUGUUGAAUCCUCCAGUUUUAACAAGAUAUCAGCAUAUGAUUGGCGAUCUAAAAGACACAGUGUAUUCGUCCUACUGGAACGCGGAAAUAGGCAAAGUUCGAGACCCAGUACCAGGACUGCCAGCAGGAAUGAACCCUCUUGAAGUCACCUUUGGAAACCCAUCCAAAAAAGGUUUAAGCAACGCCACAUUGAUGAACUUAUCAGCCUUCCAUAGUUCGUUUUCAGACAUUUCCCUCAAAGAAGUGGUGAAUCCGUCGAAAAGCCACUACGAAGUGCUCAGAGACUGCCAAGUAGGGCAUGAAUUAUACAAGAAAACGCAUAACGAUUACAACCCUUCCGAAAAAGUCCAGCGGGGAUACAAUAAACCUCCGUUUAAUCCAAAUAAAUGUUACGGACAAAAGACGAAGUAUGACCCAAGAGGCAUUUGGGUGAAAUGCGCUUGCGAUUGGUACCAAAAGGAACCUCUGGUACAUGCCAAUAAACUGCAAGCGGAUUUUUUUAAAAGAACUCGCCCGCGUCUUGGGCAGGUUUUAGCGCCAAACAAUAACAUCAGUUUGGUACCAAAGAACCAUACAUUUGGCGAUGCUUCGAAUCAAGACUUCUACGGCGUAGAAGACCUGCUAAAGGACCCAAACGUGCAGCCUUGCGUGUUUAAGCGCGAUGUUCGUCAAUGGAUUGCCAGUUUAAACAAAACAAGGAUGGCCAUCAAACAAAAACGGAUUCACGGUUUUGACAUCGAGGAUUUUUAUAAGAAAGCGCUAUACUUGGACAAGGCCAAAUCGGGGUUCCUUCCCUUUGAAGAUCUGCGCAAACUGUUCUCUUGCAGCUAUAUAAUGCUGCCGACAGAGCUGGAAUGUCUUUGCUACUACUUGAAUUAUAUUGUCGAUGGCAAGACGGAUUACAGGAAAUUUAUUGACUUGAUUGAUAAUAAUAAGGAGCUGAUCGAUAUGCGGCCAAUAGAAGAUGUUCCAAAGGAGAGCAAGUACUACAUUUCUACUUCUCGGGCAGCUGGAUGUGAUUAUUUGGAUGUGAAUAACACUGACUCAAACAGAAAUAUGCCAACAGCAGGAAUUCCGUCCAUAAGACACGAUUUGCCACGACCCGUAGCCCCAAGUGGUGGUAUAAGGGCAGCAAUUGAAAAUUUUGGGGACGAAACUUCGGCGAAGAGUGUAGUUAAUCCUAGCAUUUACACUAAUUUCGGGUUAACAUAUCGGGACUUUUUCCUGCCAAGAUCAUCGCAAGUGAUUAGAAACCUAUUUGAAAAGCUGGGAUACAAUUUCAUUGAAGGUAAUUUUGAAAAACUGUGGGAAAUGGGAGUGAAAGAAGAUCAGACUGGUCAAGUGUGCAUCGAUACAUUCAAGCGGUUGCUGCAGAGCAAAUGCCAGCCUUUAAGAUUGAGGGUUGAUGAAAAGCAGAUCUAAUGUGAAAAACGAAUAGCCCAAAUAUAUUUCAAUAAUUCCCAAUA